CCACCAUGGCUGGAUGCUCAGAUCCCCAAUGCAAAUGGCGCCGACUACAUGGCUCUUAACGAUGGUACCAAUGGCGUGAACGAGGACGUCGAGAACAUGCCGGACGGCACGAUGGGUGACUUCGAGGGUUGCGAGAUGGACCAAGUGGAGCUAGUUAGUCAGCCGCGUCAAGUGGCGCGCUUAGAGAUAGGAUAUGCACGCUCUGCCAAACUAAUAAACAUGCGGCAUCUGAAGAAUGUUAUGUGGAGUAUGAUUGACGCGGCCCUACCCGAUCCUGAGUCCUGUCCUGAAGGUUCCCAACUCCCCCUAAAGGCAUCGAAACUAGACCAGUCUGCGGCCGUGGACGGUAUAGAUGUGGUCACAGCUGCCUCCCCGCUUUGCGACUUUGGCCAAAUCCUAACUGCCCUGCCCGGAAAAGUAUCCAGAAACACGGCCGAGGAACUUAGUGUUGCUAUUUCUCUCAACUGUCUUCUCCAUCUGGCUAAUGAGAAGGAUCUGAUGUUUGAGCCCAUAGAGGACUUCAGUAAUCUGGCUAUAUAUCGAGGCCUGAUUGAUUCUGAAGUGGAACUCCUCAAAGAGUACGAGAAAGCAGCCCGAUCCGAACGGCGACGGGACAAGCAGCUAUCCCUUGACGCGUGGCUGGAAGCGGAUGAUUAG